GCAAACAGGCUGUGACAAUACAGAGGCGGAUGCAAGAUGCAAGCAACGAUGGUUUAAUGAAUACAGUUUACAACAGCAACAGGACAGACAGACUGUACUCAGACGGAAUCCGACCCAGGGACUAGGGCGCAUCUUCCAAUGAUAGCGUGCUGAGAAAUCCAGGGGAGUGUGUCCGGAUGGGUAGGAAGGAGCACAGCAGAUAAUCCACACCAGGGCGGUGAGAGAAGAGCACAGACACACGACACAACCUCAGGGAAGUAACAACAAUCUGACAACAAGAAACACUGGUUACAGAACAUAUAAAGGGAAGAUAAGUGGUUCCAGCUGGCGCAGACAAUCAGGCCGAGAUUGGGAACCACGCCCACACAAUCACGGGAGAAAGAGAGAGGGAGGCAGUGGAUUCAUGAACCGUGACACAGGCAGGUGAAUCAAAACUAGGACUGAAGGUUAUAACUGGUUCUCACAAACGAGCUAGGAAAAGGCUUAGUGGAGUAAAAACGAAGAAUACCUCACAAAGUCCCAAACAGAAGGAACUGAACUAAAUAAAGUGAUGAUGAGACCAGGAAUGUGCACCCCCAGUGACCCUCUCUUGGCCAGCCCAGGAGGGAGGUUAUCAGAGAGGCCAUUGGGUACCACUAAUGACGGCCUCUGGAGGAGCUCCAUGUCCAAGACGGCCAGCUUCCCAUCGUCUACCACGCGCCUCUUGAGUCACCGUGCCAACAACUUCCAGAGACCCCCGAAGUGUUGGAAGCUGAUCAGACCAUCCCCGCCCCCACCGCCCAACACCCCCUGCCCUCUGGAUCAGCUGGACCUCAGUGAGCUACCCCCCCGCCGCACCUUCCCAGAGCUGCUCUUCAAUGGCUGCGUCCUGUUUGGCAUAGAGUUCAGCUAUGCCAUGGAGACGGCCUAUGUCACCCCUGUCCUGCUACAGAUGGGUCUGCCAGACCAGUUCUACAGCCUGGUGUGGUUCACCAGUCCUAUAUUGGGAUUCCUUUUCCAGCCUCUCCUGGGAGCUUGGAGUGACCGCUGUACAUCCCGCUUUGGCCGGCGGAGACCGUUUAUUUUGGCCUUGGCUAUAGGAGCUCUGCUUGGUUUAACACUGGUGCUGAAUGGGCGGGACAUUGGAGCUGCGGUGGCAGACACGGCAACCAAUCACAAGUGGGGCAUCAUACUGACUAUUUGUGGAGUGGUUCUGAUGGACUUCAGUGCGGACUCGGCAGAUAACCCCAGCCAUGCCUACAUGAUGGAUGUGUGUCUGCCAGAGGACCAGGAUCGUGGCCUCAAUAUUCAUGCACUACUGGCAGGUCUGGGUGGUGGAUUCGGGUACAUCGUGGGUGGAAUUAACUGGGACCACACUGAUUUCGGGAGAUCAAUGGGAGGUCAACUUCGAGUCAUAUACAUGUUCACCAGUGUCACUUUGGUCAUUUCCACAUGCAUGACCCUCAACAGCAUCCCCGAGCGGCCCCUGCCAAAGACGCAGCUUCAGAAGGGCUCUCUGAAGAGCCCCAGCCUCCCUCUCCCCCCCUCUCCCCCAGACCUUCAGGGGGCAAGGCUGGGUUUGGAGGAGGAAAAGGAAGUGACUGGGCUCAAUAGCUAUCAGUUCUCUGAACCCCACCCCUCGAACCCUGAUGCCAAUGCACGCCUCUGUGCCAGCCUCACCAGCCCCUUCUCCCCCCUCAGCCCGCUCACUCCUAAAUAUGGCAGCUUUAUCAGUCGGGACAACUCUCUCACUGGCAUUAACGAGUUUGCCUCAUCCCUGGGAACCUCCUUUAUAGACAGUGUGCUCAUCGACUGCUACACUGGACAGCCAUCGCCACAGCCCCUUGACCCAGACACUGCAGCCCGACCCCUGCCUCCAGGGGACACCCUACCUCUCCAGGGAUCUCAGCCUGGAACAGGUUCACAGUCUGGAGCAGUAGCAGUGACCCUGGCUGGGGCAAGAUCCCGGGCUGAGGCAGGGGAGGCUCAGAUGGGGGGAGGGCCCCAUCGAGGUUCAUCCGCUAGUAUCUUGAAGCGCCCUCAGAGCCUUGCGCUAGUGGAGGAGCCCAUGGUGACCCAGAGUGGAGGGAUGGAAAAUGGCCGCAGAAGAACAGUGACCUUCAGUCAGCAGGUGGCAAAUAUUCUGCUGAAUGGGGUGCGCUAUGAGAGUGAUCUGAGUGAAAAUGUGGAGACAGCAGAUUCACAGAUGUCAAUGAGGAUGCUGUGUAUCGCCAUCUACAGGAUGCCUCCAUCACUGCGCAGCCUCUGCACUAACCAUUUUUUGGGUUGGCUGUCCUUUGAGGGCAUGCUGCUAUUCUACACUGACUUCAUGGGGGAGGUAGUGUUCAAGGGAGACCCCAGAGCACCCCAUGACUCUGAGGCCUACCAACGCUACAAUGCUGGGGUCAGCAUGGGCUGCUGGGGCAUGUGCAUCUAUGCAUUCAGUGCUGCCUUUUACUCAGCCAUGUUGGAGAAGCUGGAGGAACGUUUCUCCCUCCGCUCUCUCUAUUUCUUUGCCUACCUGGUGUUUGGCCUUGGCACAGGCCUUGCUACGCUCUCCACCAACAUUUAUGUGGUGCUGUCUCUCUCUAUCACCUACGGGGUGCUAUUCUCCACUCUAUGCACGCUACCUUACUCUCUGCUGUGUGAAUACUACCAGAGCCCGCAGUUCUGUGGAUCGUCAAAAGAAGGCACCAGGAGAGGAAUGGGGGUGGACAUCUCUCUGCUCAGCUGCCAGUACUUCCUGGCUCAGAUCAUAGUGUCCGUGUCGAUGGGACCUCUGACCUCACUGGUAGGCGGGGCCCAGGGAGUGAUGUACUUUUCCAGCGUGAUGUCAUUCGUGGGCUGUCUGUACUCCUCCCUCUGCGUGGUGUACCAUCUGCCCCCAACUGAGGGAAGAGAAGUUGAAACUGGGGUGUGAUUCGGCAUUCCAUCGGAAACUGAACAGAAAAGAAGAACAACAAAUCUGUUGUUUGGUGGCAAGAAAUAAUUCAAGAAAAUACAUGUGAACUAUGCUAUCGAUGAUGGAGCUGGGCAACAUUGAGGGAAGAAUUUUGGGUUCAUUUUUGCCAACAGCAAGUGCUUAUUUUCACCACUAGGGCACAUGCUUUAGUUAGUGUUUAGGCUUGUUUCACCACACUAUACCCAAACUGGCUCAUUGGAGUGAUCCUCUCACAUUUGGGAUAGUUAUCCAGUCUCCUCACACACCACACUUAUUCACUUAAUUUUGGACAGGCUAAAAUAGCUUGCUUGGCAUUGCUUGCCUUGGACAUCACAAUGUAAUUGACACGUUUUAAAUAAAUUGUCACAACUCAUGCUUGCGUGAGUCACCUAUAGCUGGUGAUGGCUCAGCGGAAUGGUGAUCACGGUCUCCCACUAAAGCCUCCCUAACAGACUGGACACACGCCAUGAUGAUGUCAUGUGUCUGACUGGUUUCUUGUGAGGACACAGGACCAGCAUGCUGUUACAACUUGCUUCAAUUCAACAAAAUAACAUUUCUAGUAUUUUACAAAAAAAACGUGUCUUCUGAUGCUUCUUUUUCAUCCAUAAUUCCAAUAUUAUGUUAAUGUAACAGCUACUUAACCUCAGGGUAGAGUUCAAUUAAAAUAACAAUUUUCACUUUU